AUAUGGGGUGUUUUGGAAGUUCUUCAAGAAACUUGUAAUAGCCAACAUUCUCUGCUAUUUUAACUGAGAUUUUUGAACUUGUACCAAGAGAGGAAACUCUAAAAGAAUUCAACAAGAAAUCUGAAAUAAUGAAAUACUUUAAUGAGUUUGCUUGGGAGAAAAUAAAUCCUUAAUUUAAGUUGGAAGUAAAAACAUUGAUAGAUCACAUAGAAUCUUAUAAAAUUAGACUGAUUGAUUCUGCAUUAUAUGUAGAAAGUAAAAUAGUAAUAAUAAUAAACAAUAAACUAGAAACUAUCUUAAAAUCCUAUUAUAAUAAAAAUGUGCAUGCUCAUAUUAAAGGAGCUUGUACUUAAUUUAGAUAAGUUUAUAUAAUUGAAAGAGAUUAAUGUUUAGAAUCAUUUUCUUGAGGAAUCAAAAAUUGAAAUUAGUUAGAGGUCUAUUCAAAUAGAACACUUACAAACCUUAACCUAAGUAUCAGAUAACUUUUUAAAAUUUGAAUUAGCUUUCUCUAAUAUAAUUUCAUAGUUAAUAAAUGAUAAAAUGACAUAUGCAAUGUAAAAAAAAUAUAAUUUUUUAAGGGUUUGGUGGAAUGAAUUUCUAGAAACUUUGGAAUAAUUUUCAAAUAAGAAAGCAAAUAAGUAAUUUCAAAGUGAGAAUAUUUAAUGUAUAUUGACAUUUUUAGAAUAUAUAAUAGGAACUAAAUUAGGAUAUUAAGAUCAUUUGUAUAAAUUAUAAUUAUACUAGUGAAUGGGUCACAAAGACAAAUGAAGAGACAUAAACAGUCUAAGAAUUAUUAGAUAUUAUUUUAGAUCCAUUUAUAGUAAUGUCUGUUUAUAGAAAUGCUUUUCUAAGAAUUCCUUAAGAAAGAUUAUUUGUUACAAAAAAUUAAAAAACUCUCUUUAAUAUAUUAUUAAAAGAUCAUAAAAAGUAUGCUUCUUAACCUAUUUGGCACAAAUUAACAGAAACCUUUUUAGAGAGAGCUUUAAAUUAGUAGUUGUAUGAAGAAUUAUUUUAUAUGUUAUUCAAUAAUUUUGAUGAAGAUUAUUGGAAAAACCCUUCAGAUAUAUUUUAAAUUACUUCUAUUGUUUUAGAAGUAGCUAAGUAGAUUCAUUAAUUACCAAAUACUGAACUUUUUAUAUUUACUAAAUUAGUUGAUUAUUUAGACACCCCUAAUGAUAAGAAUGCAUUUGAAAGUCCUAGUGGUCCACCUUUAUUAAAAAAAACAUCAGAAUAUAAAAAUUUUAAUGUGAAUUCAAAUGUGAAAAACUCAAUUAUUAAAUUAUUAAUUAGUCUAUUUAAUUCCAUUGAGACAAAUCAAUUUAUUUUAUUCCAAUAAACUUAGACUAUAAAAGCUAUUCUUAAUAAUUUAAGAUCUAAUCCAGAGGUAGAAACUAUCAAUGAUACUAAACUUUGUUUAAUUGCGCUGCUUAAAUAAAUAUCAUCAGAUACUAAUAGUGUUCAGUCAUUUAUACAAUAAACACUUACUUUCUCUUAUAAUUAUAAUUUAAAUUUAAUCAAUAAUACAGCCAUUAAUAUUGAUAUUUUAACUAAUUUAUUAAUCAUUUUACAUGAAUGUAUAUUGUAACUUGAAACAUUUAAUUCAACAAUCAUUAUCACUGAAGAAAUGAUAGUCAUGUUAAUUGAAAUUUCUGAAAUUAAUCAUUAAAUUUCAUUAAAGUGUGCCCAAAUUUUAACAUCUUUAUUUCAAUUAGCAAGUAAAAUAAACUCUAAUGAAAAUAAUGAGAUUAAUUCAUAUCUUGUACCAAAUUCAAAUAUCAUUGGUUUAAGUGCAUAUUUUUUAUCAAGCUCUGUCUUAAUUAGUUAUAAUGAACCAGAAAAUGCAAAAACUUUAAUAAAUUAAUUUUUUGAUUUCAUUCCUGGAAGAUUAACAAAUUAAUAAAUAAUUUCAAUUAUUACCUAUUUAAUUGAUGAAUCCUCAAUUAAAUAAGGAAAUAGUAAAUUAGCAAAAUCUAAUAGAAAAGUGAAUUUUGACACAUAUAAAGAUAAAGAAUUAAGGUUAUGUAUGAUAAUUAAGUUAAUUUCAUUUAUGGAUGAUGAAAUCUCGAAAGAUUUUAAUGAACUUCUUUACUCUUUUCUUGGAGCAUAGUUUCAAAUUUACAAAAAAAAAGGAUUUGGAGCUUAGUAAAUAUAAAUUUCAUUAAAAGUUAGGAGUUAUCUAAUUUGUUAUAAAAAAACAAUAUUAAUACAGAAAUUUAAGAAAUAUUGUCAAAGUGCAUUUCAAUAGGUCCUAUAGAUUUUGAUAAAAUCAAGAAAUAAUUUAAGGAAAAUCUAUCUAAUUUGAAUAAUUACAAUGGAAUUAUAAAUUUAGAUGAUAUAUAAGUUAAAGAAGAUAUAGAGGUAAUAAUAAAAUUGAUGAAAAAUAGAGAGGAUCUAUUCUAAAUUAAUCUUUCCAAGUUCCCAGUCAUAUAGAAGUUUAAUUGGAUGAAAGUUUCGAAUAAUAAUUAUAAACAAUUAAAAAGUAAAAGUUGAAGUAAGAAAAAUUGGAACAUUUAACAACUGAAUAAAGGGAGAUGAUGGAAUAUUGA